GCCUCUCAUAAACAUUCCACAAAAAUAUAACAGGCCAGUCUGUAGAAGGCAUCUAUGCUCUUUUAGCAUUGAAGAAAUCUGAUCAAGCAAGCUCCAAGAAAUGGCGAGUUCUCGUGUUCUAAAUCUUACUAGAGCUCAUCGAUUGGCCCUUUUAUCUUCACGAAGAUGGUUAUCUUCAUCCGCCUUGGUUGAGGUCAAUCCCGGGGAGGUCGGCAUGAUCUCUGGCAUUCCGGAGCAACACCUUCGUAGAAGGGUAAUAAUCUAUUCACCUGCUCGAACGGCAACGCAACAGGGCUCAGGGAAAGUUGGCAGAUGGAAAAUUAAUUUCCUGUCUACACAAAAGUGGGAAAAUCCUUUGAUGGGCUGGACUUCUACGGGAGAUCCAUAUGCCAAUGUAGGUGAGGCAGGGCUCAGUUUUGACAGUGAAGAAGCUGCAAAGGCAUUUGCUGAGAAACAUGGUUGGGAAUAUGAGGUCAAGAAACGUCACACCCCUCUUCUAAAGCCUAAAUCGUACGCUGACAAUUUCAAGUGGAAGGGCCCAGCAAAUUAAGAGCGAAAUUACCACAGUUCUUCAUAUUGACACUUGAAAAGAUGUAAGCAUAUCCUAAUUAUUAUUAUGUCUAAUAUCUGUGUAUAUGUAUUCAUAUAUGUUGCUGUCUCUGCGAAUUAAAACUAUCGAACUUUCUGUUUGGAAGAUACAAUUCUUAUGCUUGUGUUGUAA